UCGGAGGUAGUGACACAGGAGGCGGCGGCCCGGCCUGGUGCAGGGAGGGGGCGGCUGGGGCCGGUUACCGGGGAGACCGGCAGGGCCUGGCGGGCCGGCGCCAUGGCACACUUCGACACGGAGUACCAGCGCCUGGAGGCCUCCUACAGCGACUCGCCGCCGGGCGAGGAGGAUCUGCUGGUGCACGUCCCCGAGGGCAGCAAAUCUCCUUGGCAUCACAUAGAGAACCUGGACCUCUUCUUCUCUCGCGUCUAUAAUCUGCAUCAGAAGAACGGCUUCACCUGCAUGCUGAUUGGCGAGAUCUUUGAGCUCAUGCAGUUCAUUUUUGUGGUGGCCUUCACCACCUUCCUCGUCAGCUGCGUUGACUACGACAUCCUGUUUGCCAACAAGAUGGUGAAUCACAGCCAGCUCUCCAGCGAGCUUGUCAAGGUGACGCUGCCAGAUGCCUUUCUGCCUCCCAGCAUGUGCAGCGCAAGAAUCCAGCAGAAUGGAUUUCUCAUUUGCAUCCUGGUGAUAGCGGGGGUUUUCUGGAUCCAUCGACUCAUCAAAUUUAUCUACAACAUUUGCUGCUACUGGGAGAUUCACUCCUUCUACAUCAACGCUCUCAAAAUCCCUAUGUCCAACCUGCCCUAUUACACCUGGCAGGAGGUGCAGGCUCGCAUUGUGCAGAUCCAGAAGGAGCAUCAGAUCUGCAUCCACAAGAAGGAGCUGACAGAGCUGGACAUCUACCACCGCAUCUUGCGUUUCAAGAACUACAUGGUGGCCAUGGUGAACAAGUCGCUGCUGCCCAUCCGCUUCCACCUGCCCGGGCUGGGCGACACCAUCUUCUACACCCGCGGCCUCAAGUACAACUUUGAGCUCAUCUUCUUCUGGGGGCCCGGCUCGCUCUUUGAGAACGAGUGGAGCCUCAAGGCGGAGUACAAGCGGGGCGGCAACCGUCUGGAGCUGGCUGACAAGCUGAGCGCCCGCAUCCUCUGGAUCGGCAUCGCCAACUUCAUCCUCUGCCCCCUCAUCCUCAUCUGGCAGAUCCUCUAUGCCUUCUUCAGCUACACCGAGAUCCUGAAGCGGGAGCCGGGCAGCCUGGGCGCCCGCUGCUGGUCGCUCUACGGCCGCUGUUACCUGCGCCACUUCAACGAGCUGGACCACGAGCUGCACUCGCGCCUCAGCAAGGGGUACAAGCCAGCCUCCAAGUACAUGAACUGCUUCAUCUCCCCCCUGCUCACCAUCGUGGCCAAGAAUGUGGCCUUCUUCGCCGGCUCCAUCCUGGCUGUGCUCAUCGCUCUCACCAUCUACGACGAGGACGUGCUGGCCGUGGAGCACGUCCUCACCACCGUCACCCUGCUGGGUGUGGGCGUCACCAUCUGCAGGUCCUUCAUCCCUGACCAGCACCUGGUGUUCUGCCCAGAGCAGCUGCUGCGGGUGAUCCUGGCACACAUCCACUACAUGCCUGACCACUGGCAGGCCAACGCCCACCGCUACGAGACCCGGGACGAGUUUUCUCAGCUCUUCCAGUACAAAGCGGUGUUCAUCCUGGAGGAGCUGCUGAGUCCCAUCGUUACCCCCUUGAUCCUCAUCUUCUGCCUGCGGCCCAAGUCCCUGGAGAUCAUUGACUUCUUCCGGAACUUCACCGUGGAGGUGGUGGGUGUGGGCGACACCUGCUCCUUCGCACAGAUGGACGUGCGCCAGCAUGGGCACCCGGCGUGGAUGUCAGCGGGAAAGACCGAGGCCUCCAUCUACCAGCAGGCCGAGGAUGGCAAGACUGAGCUGUCCCUCAUGCACUUCGCCAUCACCAACCCCAAGUGGCAGCCGCCCCGCGAGAGCACGGCCUUCAUCGGCUUCCUCAAGGAGCGCGUGCUGCGCGACAGCAGCAUGGCGCUGGCCCAGCAGGCCGUGCUGCCUGACAACGCCCUCUUCACCUCCAUCCAGUCCCUGCAGUCAGAGUCCGAGCCUCACAGCCUGAUUGCCAACGUGAUCGCGGGCUCCUCGGCCCUGGGGUACGCAAGCCACGAGCUGCAGGCCUCCCGCCAGCUCUCCGAGGUGGCUUCUGCCCUGCGCUCCUUCUCCCCACUGCAGUCAGCCCAGCAAAGUCACAGCAGCUUCCAGACGUCUGGGUCCCAUGUGGAGGGGGCACCGCCCCGGGCCCACAGCACCAUGACGGCUUCCGGCACAGAUGCCAGAAGAGCGAGCUCAGGGAGCAGUGCCUGGGAGGCCCAGCUACAGAGCCUGAUCCUGUCGGAAUACGCCUCCACGGAGAUGAGCCUCCAUGCGCUCCACAUGCAUGAGUUACACAAGCAGCACACCCAGAGCGAGCCCGAGCGGCACGUCUGGCACCGGCGGGAGAGCGACGAGAGCGGGGAGAGUGCCCCGGAGGAGCCGGACGCGCAGAAGGGCGCCCCCGCCGCCAUCCCCCGCUCUGCCAGCUACCCCUUCUCCUCGCCGCGCCAGGCUGUGGAGGAGUCAGCCACCCUUCAGACGGGCUUCCAGCGCCGGUACGGCGGCAUCACAGAUCCGGGCACAGUGCACAGCCCUUCGCACUUCUCCCGCCUGCCUCGGGGCUGGGCUGAGGACGGACAGUCGGUGCGACACCCGGAGCCGGUUCCAGAGGAGAGCUCAGAGGAUGAGCUUCCGCCUCAGAUACACAAGGUGUAGCUCUGGGGGCUGAGGAUCGCAUGGGACUCUGGACUCUGGAGCAGCCUGGGCAGCAGGACCUGGGGUCCCGACCCCCUCGCCUGUCCCCCAGAGGUGGGGCAGGCAGAGGUGCCUAGCGCUGGCGUUCAUGCCCAAGGGACAGAACCACCACGUCAGCGCCUUGCAGUGGAAGCUUCUGUACAGACGUGUGUCAAGCCAACGUCACUCUGACUCGCGUUGGGUGAAUGCGUGUGUGAGUACAUACGUGUGUCCGUGUCCGCAUAUGUGUUGUCCGUGUGGGAGGGAAUCGGCGAGAGCUGCACGGAGCACCGCAGAGCCUGCAAGAGGCCAGCGACCCACAGCUGGCAGGGGGAGCUCCGAGUUCCGGCUGCCGGCAGGAGAGGCUACGGUGGAGUCCCUGAGCAGAGCCAGCAACGCCUCUUCCACAGUCCAAAUAAAGACCCACUUCAAGCUGCAGCCGGCCCGGCCCAGCCCAGGUUCCCACGGGGGAGGGACGCAUCUGAAUCUAUUUUUGUAAGAAGGGUGGAGAGUUGGUUUCCCCCGAGGCCGAGUGGGCUGGAGUCCGACCCCUGCUGGGAGAGGGACUGGCUCAGGCUUUACAAGGCCGCGCCCUCCUCCAAAGCCCAUGCAGCUGCGUGUGUUCUGGCCCCGAGCUGUCCUGUCUGUGGUGCAGGGGGCGCCAGGGUUCCUGGCUCAGUGCUCCCCCCCAAGUGAUCCCACGCCCCAUUUGCUGCUAUUGUCCAUGAGUCAAGGUGGCUGAACUCCUCUAGCCUCAGAGCGCAGACAGCCUGGCCAGCAGCAAAGUGAACCCCCGCGCUGCCCCUCCAGCAUGUCAAAGCCCUGCUGUCUCGGGGCUAGAGGGGAGCUCCAUCUCCAGGGCCUCUCUGCUGAACCUGCCGGCCAGCGGGCUGCUUCUCGUGCUGGCCCUGGCCCUCUGGGAACUACACCGAGCCCCCCUCUAGCAGCCUCCAGGGUGGGGAGAGGCACACUCCUCUGCCCCGGCCCCUCAGUCAACACUAACCUAGCAAGUCAAAGGAAAGAAUCAGGUGACUAAAGUAGCUUUGCCCCCCCCCUUUUCCCCUCCCUGGUGCUAUGGGGAAGCCCAGCCCAAGGGGAAGUCUGGCCUGGGCUCCUAUCAUCUGACAGGACCCCUUGCUGGUUAGCUGGGGCCACACUGUGCCUCUGAAUGGUCCCUUGGCCAGGAUCACUUCCCCCUCAGCAGGGUCCUGUUGCAGUGCCAGACAGUGGCUCCCAUCCUGCUGCCAGGGGAUCUCCUCUGGGCUGUCUCAGCUUUUCAGCUAGUCCCCCUGGCCCUGAGAGACC